CGAGGGGAAACCCCUCCAGACGCGUCUAGCGUCGUAUUUAAAAUAUUCUUGGCAAGACUUCUCAACCGAUGCGCCUGUGAAAAAGAAUUUAAUGAGAAUACAUGUGAUUGAUGAUGCUGUCGAAAUAACUUAAACCUAAAAUGGGAUCCUUAAAACUUCUCUCUGCCUAUGAUACAAGCUCGGAUAGUGAUGGUGAAAAUGAAGAACUGUCAGAUGAUAUGAAAUUUCAACAUCAGACUGACAAGGUUACUGAAAACAAGCGUGAAUUAUUGCCACUCCCGCCUAGUGUUAGCAGGAUGUUUUCAGAGAAACAUAGUCAUGUUGACUCACCAGAAUUACACCAAGGCCGUAAACGAACAUUUCCACAUCAGCGUGGAAAUUGGGCAACCUUCGUUUUUGCCAAGAUCCCUAUUACACUCGAAGAUAAACUGAGAACACAUGUUUUACAAUCAUUGAAUUUCUUAAAAACGGACUGGACAAUAUGCGAUGAUUUCCAUAUUAGUUUGUCAAGAACAGUUUCAUUACCUCAUCACUGUAUUGAUCCAUUUUUUUCAGAAUUGAAAAUUGGAUUGAAGGAUUUUAAAUCAAUCUCUCUAAGAAUAUUAGCUUCAAUACAAGUUUAUACGAAUGAUGAAAACACAAGAACUUUUUUAAGUUUUCCCAUUCAUUCUGACUACAAUGAAAUUCUGAUUGCAUUAUCGAAAAGAAUUGACACUGUUUUUACUAGAUUUCGUCUUCAAGAGUAUUAUAAAAAUCCGUCAUUUCAUAUAAGUUUUGCAUGGAUUUGCAAUGAAAAUGUGAAGUCAUUAGAAUUAAUUAACAAUGAUGUGGGACAGUUAAAUCACUAUUUUUCAAAUUUAGAAUACGAUGACUUUUUUCAAAUAACUGAAAUUAUUUGCAAAGCUGGUAAUAAGCACCUAACAGUUGAUUUGUAAUACAUACACAAAUUAUACUUUGAUUUCAUACGCAUUCUCAUUUUUGUGUAACUUUGUAAGCUUGCAUAGUAAAAGUUUAAGAUUUUCAUCAUUUUUAAAAUACCACUUUGUUUUCCUAUAGAA